AUGACUGUCCAAGACGGUGCUCGUUUUGAUUUCAUUGUCGUUGGAGGUGGCACGGCAGGCAACAUUGUUGCUUGCCGUCUCGCAGAAAACCCCAAUGCCAGAAUCCUGGUCCUUGAAGCUGGUAUUGGCAGCUCUAAGGAUAACGAAGACAUCCGAACACCCGCAAUGGCAAUGGAAAUCCGAGGUAGCCAGUACGAUUGGGCCUACAAGACGACCAUGGUCAAGCGUCCUGACUACGAGCGUGUUGAGAAGCCCAACACUCGUGGAAAGGCCCUUGGUGGUAGUUCAUCCCUGAACUAUUUCUCCUGGGUGCCUGGUUCUAAGGGUACUUUCGACAUGUGGGAGAAAUACGGCGGGAAAGAGUGGACCUGGGAUCCUCUUGUUCCCUACCUUCGCAAGAGUGUGACUUAUCACGACGACGCUGGCUUGUAUUCGCCGGACCUCAAGAAGAUCGGAGGCGGUGGUCCGAUCCCAAUCGCCCAUGCCGAGCUUCUCCCUGAGAUGAAGGGUUUCCGUGAGCUGCUUACUCAAGCCUGGAAAUCUACCGGUGAACCUGUCACUGAGAACAUCUUCGAUGGAACAAUGCGUGGCCUGGCACACAGUGUCAACACUAUCUAUAAGGGUCGGCGCUCGGGUAGUUUCCUUGCGGUUGCGGAUAAGUCGAACAUCACAAUUCUACCUGAGGUUCACUCGAAGCGCCUUAUCAUCGACGAGGCCGAUCGCUCGGCUAAGGGUGUGACAGUGAUCACCGGAUCUGGGCAAGAGCUUAGCUUCUAUGCCACACGUGAAGUUAUCGUCUCUCAGGGCGUUUUCGAAACUCCGAAGCUGCUGAUGCUUAGCGGUAUCGGACCGGCCCCUGAGCUAAACAAACAUGGAAUCCCCGUGAUUGUCGACUCACGCCACGUCGGUCAGCACCUUAUGGAUCACCCAGGUGUUCCGUUCGUCCUUCGUCUAAAGGAUGAUUUCUCAAUGGAUAGCCACGUCUUACGGAAAGGUGCUCUCCAUGACCAGGCUUUGUCGGCUUACGCCAAGAGUCAUGCUGGUCCUAUGGCAUCACCCUUCCUAGAGAUGAUCGGUUUCCCUCGUAUCGACAAAUACUUAGAGAAAUCUCCAGAGUACCGCGAAGCAAAGGCUGCUAACGGUGGUCUGGAUCCCUUCUGCCCAUAUGGUCAACCUCAUUUCGAGCUUGAUUUUAUCCCUCUAUUUGGCAGUGCCUUCCAGUGGCACUUCCCCCACCCUAACAAGGGUAGCUAUAUGACGGUAAUGGUAGACCUCGUUCGUCCCGUCUCCGAGGACGGUGAGGUCACGCUUAAUAGCGCGGAUCCCCUAGUGCAAGCCAACAUCAACUUGAACUAUUUCAACAACGACCUUGACAUCAUUGCCGUUCGUGAAGGUAUCAGGUACGCUUACGAUGUACUCAAGAAUGGCGACGGCUUCAAGGAUAUUGUUGAGGACGAAUACCCUUGGGAUAUGCCGCUGGACGAUGAUGUAGCGAUGAAGCGAACCGUGUUGGAUCGUUCGCAGACUUCUUUCCACCCCUGUGGUACCGCCCGUCUGUCCAAGGAUAUCCAGCAGGGUGUUGUUGAUCCUAAUCUCAAGGUGCACGGUAUCAAGAAUCUCCGUGUUAUCGACGCAUCUGUCAUUCCUGUUAUUCCCGACUGCCGCAUCCAGAACUCGGUCUACAUGGUGGCUGAGAAGGGUGCUGAUGCUAUCAAGCGUGAUCACUCAGACUACUACAACUAG